AUGGAACCAUUUCAGAACGCCGUCAUGGGACAGUUUGAUGCAUACUUCAAGAAGUUAGAUAACACUAAGAAAAGCAUUCAAGAAAACUACAGUGUCCAACUCAUUUUCCCAACGUAUGGCCACCAUCGUGAGAAAUUUCUACAAGCUGAACAAAACCAAGCCAAGAUUUUGAACAAUAUGCGUAUGGUAUAUUUGGGUUUGGUGGAAACUUCAAUGGGUGCAAUGAUAGGAUUAGGUGCUGGCUCCAUUCCUGCUGCAUACUAUAGAGUCUUCAUGACUUUUGUUCGCGAAUCUCCGGUUUCAUUCGGAAAUGAUCUGCUAUCAUUAAAGGGAGAAAAAAUGCUGGUGGAGACCGUGGAAAAUGAAUUGAAAGCCGAAAUGAAGACUAUCGAGCGGCAAUUGGAACUGGCAGAAACUUCGAAGGACAAACAAAUUCCUUUUGCCAUCGCAGACAAUACGUGUUAUAAGAUUCUACAGAAAAUCGAUACGAGCUCUUUUAUUCUACACAAGGAACCGUUGGUGCUUGCUCCAUUUUUUGUUUUCUUCGCAACCACCUACAUCGCUGUCGCUGGAGCCUAUUGUCAGCUGAAUCCGCAGCACCGUGCUGAUGCCAUGGAAAAUUUGAAAAAGCUCAGAUGGAGACUCAACAACUUGUGUGAUAAGACCGUUUAUAGCCGGCAAUGCUUAGUCGAAACCAAAAAGAAUGACUGGAUCUUUGGAAGAUCUUCCACUUGCAUAGAUACAUUAACGAACAAGACAAUAUUUCGAGAGACUAUCAGUGGAUUUACUAUGUCCCAACUUGAUGAUAUAGAAGAAUGGUACAAAAAUGAACUCGCAACAACCUACAAACAAUUUUUCAAGCCAACCCUAAAAGCACUGGAUGAUUUCAUCACGGAACUCAAACAACCUCUCAAACAACCUGAAUCAGUAUCAUGGUUUUCCAAAAUAUUUUGA